AUGGUAACCUAUUUCUGGAAUAUCAUCAUCCCAAGUAUCAUCCCAAACCAAAAACACAUAGCCUAUCUCCAUCCGGUGAAGCAGUCAGCGAUGACCAUCUUCUUCAACCUCUUUUUUUAUGCCCAAGUGCACGAAAAUUUAAAGAUAGAACUGGGAAUAUUUUCCCGCUCAAUUCUUCCCCCGAGUUCGUCUUCUCUACAAGAAGUGCUACAUAUCAUUCAGUACUCCCGUUGUUUUGGUGCAACAAUAAAGAAUUCGAUAUUGAUGGUGGAUGCAAUAUAUGCCGUCACUCAAAUUUUGGCACUGACUAUUAUUUUUGUGACAUUUGCACGAAAAAGUAUCACAAAGAAUGCGUCGAGUCUCCACUUAAAAUCAAACACCCUUAUCACCCUCAGCAUUCGCUCCAACUUUACUUUCACUUCCUUCUUUACAGUAUUAAUUGUUUAUGCUGUAGAAGAAGAUGAUUGUAUGUACUCUCCAAGCGUCAUCAAGAUAUCACGUCACAACCAUCGUAUCUCCUACACUUUUUCUCUACGAUCAUGUGAAUGGUCUUGUGGAGUUUUUCAUCAAAUUAUUGACGGUGAUUAUGGUGCAUAUACUUGUGAUAAGUGUGGUCAUUAUGCUGUUCAUUCGAGAUGUGCUCUAGAGAAAAAUGUGUGGGAUGGAAAAGAUCUCGAAGGUUUACCAGACAAAGAUGAUAUUACACAAGAUGUUGGAUCAUUCAAUAUAAUAUCUAAGGAAGUGAUACUUCAUUUUCUCCAUGACCAUCAUUUCCGGCUCGAAGUCAGUAUACUUUAUAACGAAAAAAAACUUUGUCAAGCGUGUUAUUUACCUAUUUUCGAAGGCCGAGACGGAAAACUCAUAUGUCGCGUAUGCAAAACAGAACGUCAUAAUCAAUUAAAUUGCAUCAAAUGUGAUUUUAUUGUUUGUAUGAAGUGUGCUACAUUACCCUAUAGAGCAAGGUAUGAACAUGACAAACACUUUCUCACAGCUAUAUGGGAAGAAGAGGUCCGUGAAAAAGAUUGGUGCGAAGUAUGUGAACGUAAUUUAAGAGACACAAACACAAAAGUGUUCUAUUGGUGCGUUGAGUGCUGCACCAUUUUCCAUAUUGAAUGCGUACUAGGUAAAAACUCGAAUUUGAGUCUAAGCCAAACUCUCAAAUUCUGGGUUCAGCGGGCUCAAAUUCUUUUAGAAAAUCUUAAUCUGUAA